AUGAUAAUUAACGAUGUGACGCUGUUCAAUCGUGGUGCUCUAUUUAAUAUUGGCUAUUCAGAAGCUGUCAAAUUCUACAAUUUUACUUGUUUCAUAUUUCAUGAUGUCGAUCUUUUACCGGAAGAUAAUCGAAUCUCUUACAAAUGUCACGAUCGACCCAUGCAUUUCGCUGUAUCCACUGACAAAUACAAUUACAAGUUACCCUACGCUGACUAUUUUGGAGGUGUAACAGCAUUUAACACAAACGACUUUUUAACAAUAAACGGUUUUUCCAAUGUUUAUGCUGGUUGGGGUGGAGAAGAUGAUGAUCUUCGAAGGCGUGUAAAUCAAAAGUUCGGCUCUGCUAUCCUUCGGCCACCACCUGAAAUUGGUCAUUAUAAAAUGAUUCGUCAAUUUGGACAUGUUAGUGCACCAUUAGGAAUUUAUCGCUUUUCUUUACUAAAGUCAAAGUAUAAUUAUAGCCUAGAUGGCUUAAAUACAGUCAAUUAUACAGUACAUGAUAUUAAAUUUUUUUCACUUUUUAUAAUGGUUAAUGUUACGGUAGAAGAAUUGACGUUAAAUCAGAUAAACCAAAGAAUAAGAAAAACUAUUACUGUAUAGGAAUAAAUAUUGAAAAAUCGGCAGUAAGCAUUGACCCAUACUUAGAGACUGUAAAAUCUUAAUAAAUAAUAGAAAAUCUACCACACCCAAGCAAAAAAAAUGGAGCUAGAAUCGGGCGGUUGGAGCUAGAUAACACGGUUUUCGACCCGAUUAAGCUAGAUCCACCUUAAAAGGUUUAACCUAGGAUCGGACGGUUCAACCUACUUUUGGGCGGUUGGGGAGUUUAUAAGCUAGGUUAACCGACCACUUAUCCGACCGAUUAAGCUAGUUUCUGGUAUCAAAUAGAUUAAACACAGGGAGGUUACCAGCUAGGUUAAUCGCCUACUUAACCAACCGACCGAUCUAGCUCCAACCGGGCAAUUAACCGACUGGUUCAGCUAGUUCCAGACAUGAAAUGCAUUAGAUACGGGGAAGUUAUCAAGUAAUCUACA